UGUGCCGCGCUCUGAGAGCUCUGAGAGUUGCAAGUCAUUGCAAGUCGUUGCAAGUCGGCAAACCCACUUGUUCACGCCCUUAUCCAUGUACCCCAGACCUAGUACUGUAUAGCCUACGAGUUCACUCAUCGUGCGAGCUGUCCACCAUGGACACCGACAGCGAGAGCGAGCUGAGUUCUGUCGGUUCUUCCAAGUUAGAGCCAUCUGACGAUGAGUCCGACCAUGGGUUCAUAUCCAGGGGCCAAAAAUCGCCUGCAUCAUCUGCACCCGCUGCCUCAGCUCCCUCAUCGCCGCUUGCUAGCUCGCCGAUUGUUCCGGCCAUGACGGACGUGGCUGACAGCCCUGCCAGCCCUGCCGUGUCCCUACCUCCACACCCCGGACGCUGUACAGUUGAGGUGGUGAUACCGUCCCGGGUCCCGGCGAGGCGUAAAGUACUCCCUCGAAAAAACGCCCACUCUGCCCCGAAUACCCCAACUUUCCCUGCUCAGUUCACCAAACCACGUUCCACCCCGCCGGAAAUUCCACCGAGCCAUUCCAUUAGUCCCAAACCCAAGCGGAUUGGUAUAAGUCCAUUGACACAACCUCGUCAGGAUUCUGCUGGCCUCGAGGAUUCUGAUGGCGAGGCCAGCAGUGUUAGCUCUUACAAGCCCGAAUCAGAUGACGAAGAGUCCGACGACGAUGCAUCCGAAGAAAACGGGUCCCUCUACGAAAGUUCCGGCGAAGAUGGGUCUGGAGAGUUUCUGCCAAAGAAGCGUGUCUCGACACACACGUGGCAUGAGGAAGAUUGGUACCGAGAGCGCCGGGCUGAUCCCGACUGGACCUUAGACGACGCUGAGCGAAAGGGAGAUCGAUCGGAAGACGUUAGCCUCGGCACCUAUACGUCCGACGUUGAGAUCCGCAAAGAUAGCCCUGAAGACAGUGGAAGCGAUGGCGAGGAUGCGGCGGGAGACGAUGAGCUGUUCCAUGCUGCGCUCAAAGACGUUGGACUCGGCGAGGAUACUCUAAAAGACGCUGUCGUUCACGACGACGGUUCCGAAAAUGGGGACCCGGUCGACUUAACCGAAGUUGUUGGGGAGGCACAGAAUGCGCUCAAAGACACUGGGCCCCACCAGCUCAGGUCUGAACACGCUGAGCCGGCCGAGUUGAUUGAAGACGUUGAGUUCGACGAGGGCCGCAAAGGCGCUAUAGGAAUAAAUGUCGGAGAAUGCAAAUCGGCACCCGCACGCAACCUCCGGAAACGGCGCGGAUAUUACACGCCGUUGCCGAUACGCCGCUGGGUGCCGGCUUCCUCGGACGAGUCCGACCAGGGUGUUGAAGCAGGGACACCUGUAGCCGCGAAAGGACGACCCGACGAAGAACGGGAUUCCACGUUGGAUCUGGACAUUGGCGUUUUGGAAGACGACAAUAUGGACUUCACUGCGUCUACUGUUGGCACCGACACGCUAGCUUUUUCUUUCGAAGAUGUUGAUGGAGAUGGGAUGGACAAUGACGAAGAUCCGACAGUAUCCGCAAGCUGUCCCGACAAGGGUUUCAAUCAGCACAAGCUGGAAGGGCAUGAGCUGGAGGUGAAGUCCACCCGUACAGGCCCCAAUAGCCUUGCGUCCUCAUUCGACGAGUCUGACGAGGAUGGUUUCAAUGUCGAAGACGAACCGUCGCCACCCGCAACAGCGAUGGAGAUCAACUGCUCUACUGUUGACUCCUCCGAAGGCCUUUCCGAUCGGCUCAAUGGUGAAGAAAGGGCAUUGCCACCUCCGCCGAGUUCUGAAAAGGCGGCAGGCCCCAGUUUGGAAGGACAAGAGCCGGAUCUCAUGAAUCUCACUUCUGGCCCCGACGAUCUCGCGUCAUCCCCGAAAAGGCCGUCCUCGAAGAAGAAUUUCAACGACAAUGCAUGUGAAACCGGAGCAGGAACAUCGCUGGCCGCGGCCAUAACAUUCACAUCCAAAAACGCCACCACCCGCCGGCUGGACAAGCAUGAGCUAGAGGUCAUUGCCUCCAUGUACGCCCGGGACAAAGCCGGCUUGCUCGCCGCUUUUCCUUCAAUAGACGACGCGGCUGCAAUCGCAGCCGCCAAGGCCUCAGUUUCAGGAUACGCGUCGGGGCGGGCAUCCAAUUUGCGCGAGACGAGGAUUCGCAAGAAACACGCACAAACGAUUGGACAACAGCUCACGGACGAAGAGUUUGCACGAUUCCGAGCAUAUGCCCGACUCGAACCCCAUCAACGCUACUUAAAGGCCAAGGAGAACGUCCUCGAAGCCCUGCAGGAGCUCCGAGAGGCGAGCCUCACUGAACACGCCUCCGGUUUCUUCUUUGUCGCUUCACAUCCCAUGCAGAAGGAUGUUGUUAUGUCGUCCACCAACGAUGAACGGAACGGCUGGGCGUUUGCGGCAAGCUGUCAAACGGAGGCCCUUGUUCCUUCGACAAUACGAGCAUCCUUUCUCCCGUCGGAUACCCAAGCAGUCGAUGCUAUCGUUGACUUCCAGCAUAGCCUCAUCGGCAAAGAGAAAUGGGAAGAUGCCGUUCAGCAGGUUGAAAAAGCACCUGUGGCGCCACAUCCCAUGAUUCGCAACCGGUGGGCCCACGGUGAAGGGAAGACAGCGUUGGCAAAGUCGCUCAGGGAGCGUCUGAUCUUAGAGACGGGAAGGAAGUCCCGCCGAACACCAUGGCUGACCAUCGGAACACUUGAUUAUCCGUUCGUAGCGGUCGGAUGGCCGCCACACAUCCUGUACGGCAAGACGUUCAGCAAAGCGGCAACCAAAGAAGAGUUGAUAUCAAUGACUCUCUACUGGGACAAUCUGCACUUCAAGAGAAAGGACGAGACCGCGCUAGACGAGCUCUUCGCGCCCGAGCAUCCGGAAGACCCGCUGAAAGGCACUCCUCUUUAUCAGUUUCGUAAGAAGGUGAACGAACGACAGCGAGAAGCUAUGCGCGCACGGAAUAGACCGGCGUCGUCGACAUCCACCACCGCUGGGACGAUCACCCCGCAGGAUGUGGUCGCUGCCGCUGCCGCUGCCAUAUCCUCUGCCGUAGCCGCUGCAGCUGAAUUAAACGGCAAGGGUAAGAAGAGCAAGGGGGUACUCAAUCCUUCAUCGCAUACAAACGAGAUCCAUUUUGCUGAUAAUGAGGACAAGAGGGCCACCCCGCCUGCCAGCGAUCAGGAAGCGCUGGCUGUCGACCCCUCUGGCGAUGAGUACGUACCCAUGGAUUUGGAUAUUGUCACGGACGCUGAAAUUCCCUUGAAUCCCGGUUUCGUGGCCGCGCCCAUGAAUGACGGUGCUGAAGCCUCGAGGGACCCUAGCGCCGACGUAUCAAUGUCCGUGGGAGUAUGCACCGUCACUGACGCAUCGGCAUCGAUUCCAAUGGAAUUCAUCGCCGCAUUCAACGAGCCGGACGCGGUUGACACAGAUUUCCGAGGAGAUUUCGAAUGCGGGUCAACGCCAUUGGCUCCCUGGAACACGGUGUACGGCCAGGCUGCUGGCAGCUCAGAUGCUCGGCAAACUCAUAAGGUCCCGGGCACGCUUCGCCCGAUGCCUGUUAGGAAGCCCGCUCGACCGUCGCCGCCUAAGCUCACUCGAACACCUGUCCGGUCGUGUGCUCCGCCGCCUGUUCACAUACAGUCUCCCAACGAUACCGUAGAUACGGAUGGCGGGCAUUUGGUGCCGUCUCCGCCGGCUGCGGUCAAGGCGCGAAUGCGGAGCAUCCUUGAAGCUGCGUGUGUCCCGGAGAUAUACCCUACGCAAAUCGCACUGCCCACGCCUACUCACGCUCCAACGGCUGCUGGAAUGGAUCUUCCGUCUCCGAUGUUGAUAGGGUCUCCGUCGCCUGCACCCACGAUCCGCAUGCCGACACCUUCCAACGGGGAGUCCGAACGGCGUAUAUACCCAAGCACAAUGUCCGCGUCCGACGCCAUGCGCAAGGCGUGGAAGAGAGAGUAUCGAGCCGCUCGUGAAGGAUACUUGCAGGCCAUGACGAUGUUCAACCUGUACCCGCAAGUCCACCUUGGACACAAUGCGACUCGGGCUUUGGAGCGCGACAUGCAGCAGCUCCGUUCGUCGAAUGCGGUGGUGAAAGGACUCUAUGAUGUGGACGCGCUGUCGACUUCUAUCCAGCAUGCGCGUAUAUUUGCACAGGCGGUCGUGAUGCGUGCGAGCACCCUACGCGAAAUGGCGACUGCGCGGCUGGCGAUUGCGCCGGCGGUGGGGUCUCGGAAAAGAAAGGGUUCCGCGACGGCAGGAGAAUCUUUCGCGGAUGCGGAGGACGAAUCAGCGAAUAAGAAACAGCGCGCUUCGCCCUCGCCCGAACCUGUACCCUUCGGUUCAUUGCAACGCUAUGAUCGUCCAGACAUGUGGAAGGCGUUUGGUAACGCUCGUCGCCUGCCGACCCGAGUGCAGGAGUUCGAGCCGAUCCAAGAGCCAGGAGCGCUUACGCUGAGAUGGCGCAGCAACUUGGAGAUUAUUCCGACUCCAAAGUGGUCGCCAUUUGGGUUCCCUUCACUACGGAGCUCGCAGAAAAGAGAGUUGGACUCACUAGUUGAUGGAAAAUACGGUGCCUGGACUACAGAGGAGAAAGCGAAAUACAACGCGCUGAACUGGCAUGAGGACGACCCGCAACAGACGGUGGAUCGGGAUGAUCUCUAUUCUGUCAUCAACCCCGAUCGGAUGUGCGCCGUGCAGGGUAUCAACUACUACAUGCGGAGACUGGAGUUCCACUACCGGCAGCAGGAAGGGCUGGGCUAUCAGUUCUGGUAUGGACCGCCGGCCGUUGGCGAUCAGAUCUCACCAGCGAAGGGACCUGGUGACUACGUUUCUGGAAAGGCUCGCCUGCCCGACCCAGCGGUCGAUAGGUUUGCCAUCUUCCUUAUGAUGCAUAACGCCAACCAUUACAUCGCAUACUGGGUCGAUCUGCAUACCGGAGACCAAUUCUUCUACGAUCCAUUGUGGCUGGCGCAUUCGGGUGCGGGCAACGAUACCCAAUGGCGCACGAAAAAUCGGUGGCAAUGCCAAGGACGAGCCAACUGGCUCGCAAGCGUCGUCCCGAACCUUCCCCGACUCUCUGUCCUACGCCUACUGACGGCUCCGUCGCAGAAAGGUACCGAUGUCGUCAACUGCGGAGUCUACUGCUGCGCGAUUAUGGAUUGGGUCACUAGAGGCAUUGUGGGACAGCUGCUUCUUCCGCUGCACUUUAGCGAGAAGCGGAUCUUGCAAGUGAGACACAGCAUCGCAUGGACGGCCAUCAGGGGAAACCCGCCUCAUCUUGCGCUGGAGCAUGAAAACCCACCCGAAUCACUUGAUCCCAAUGUACGAGCCGAUGCAACGCCACAAGAUGAGAUGCAGGCAGCACACCCGGCGGAACAGUUCCUGCCGAUGGCUCAUACUGUCGAUGAAGCUGUUGUACCGCCACGAGAUGAAAUCCGGGCAACAUCCGUAGCGGCUUCGGCGGAACAGCUCAUGAGUCAACCCCUAAUGUCGACAACUCAGGCACCCGUGACGUCUUCGGGGGAACAGCCCACAGUCAUUACGCAACCUCCCAUUUCGAUGGCUCAAAUAGAGGCAGCACCCGAGGGAACUCCGGCGGAACAGCUCCCAGUCAUGGCGCAACCUCCCAUGUCGAUGGUUCAAAUUGCGGCAGCAGUGGCGGCUCCGGCAGAAUGGGCUCUCAUGACGCUACCUACCAUGUCGAUGGCUCAAAGUGUCGAUGAAGCCGUCGAUGGAGAUGGUCAAGCUGUUGAUAAGGCUGUCGAUGGAGAUGCUCAAUCUAUCAAUGAAAAAAACGUUGUCGAUGGGAACACUCGAACUCGUCAGCCCAGGAUUCGAAAUCGCAAAAGCAAAAAGAAGAGACUUCGAGACAAGGCAUUCAAAGAAGCGCAGGAACGAGAGCAAACGAUCAGCAAUGCAGCGCCCACGCCGUCCCGGAAGCCGAAAUCCGUACGCACAGCCCCGAAGGCAGCGCUGUUAACCACUCACUCAAGCCCCACACGGCCAUCGCUGCCGGCAAGGAAUGACUCAAGCCCCCGACGGCUAUUUGAAACUAAGCAGCGGCGCGUAUCAAUAUCUCGAAAAUCGGAGCCCGAAUGGACAGUCUCGACGGCGGCGCCCGGUCCAAGCCGCCCACGGCUCGACGACACUCCACACCUACGCGAAGGGACCAUUUCACAGAGAUCAGGACUAGAGCGGAUUGAGUGGACGACAGCACAUGGCCCAAGCCACCGAGAGUCCUACGACGCUCCGUGGCACCGCGACACUCCCAUUUCACAAAGAUCAAGACCAGAACGGACUGAACGGAUGACAGAGUCGGGCCCAAGCCUCCGGCAAAUCGAUAACGCUCCGCAGCACCGCGAAACUCCCAUCUUAGAGAGACCAGAACCACAACGGACUCGGUGGACAGCGCCUGGCGCGGGCCGCCACCGGUUCGACAACGCUCCGCAUCGCCGCACAGUGUCGUUCUAUGAAAAACCCAGACAGGCACGGACGGACUGGAAGCAAGCGCCUGUCCGAAGAUGGCCAGGGCCCGACCCACCUGCCCCAGUGCACUUUGCUGCACGUGUAACGACCGUCCCGGAGGAAAUGGAGUGGAGGGAUAGCACCUUUCACUGAUGUACAUGUCUGAUGUUUAAUGGCGUAUACGUAGGAGGCGACAGCGUGAGAUGCAUCAGAGGGAAUGGAGUGGAGCGAUGGCUCCUUUCGCAGAUGUAGGAUGUUCGAUGUUUGGUGGCGUAUCCGUAGAAGACAACAUGAUAAGAUGUACAG